AAUUGAAAAGAACUGGAAAAGGCGUCAAACUGCCAAACUUGGAGCAAAUAACGAAGGCUUGGCUUCAAAGAUCAGAUUUUUGGGAUAACAGCAGAGAAAAAGAUAGUAAUUAAAAAGAAGCCAAUCGACCAACUAUCGAAAAUCAUUUCUAGCACGAACUAUUGGGUUGGGAACUGUCCUUGUUUUGGUUUCGUGAGAUCCAAAAUGGCGAGAGCAGGAGGGAUAACAAACGCAGUAAAUGUAGGUAUAGCAGUACAAGCCGAUUGGGAGAAUCGCGAGUUCAUCUCUCAUAUUUCCCUCAACGUUCGUCGCCUCUUCGAAUUCCUUCUUCAAUUUGAGGCUACUACCAAGAGUAAAUUGUCUUCGCUCAAUGAGAAGCUUGACACGCUCGAACGACGCUUAGAGCUGCUGGAAGUCCAAGUGGGUACCGCCACUGCCAACCCUUCUCUUUUUACUACCUGAUUGUUUAUGGAAUUUGUUGCUUGCAGUGGUGUUAAGGCUUGUUUGGCGAGCCACAAUGUAGUGUAAUAUAUUUUUUUACCGCUAGAAAUGCCUUUGAUUCUUUCACUCCAUUUCAGUAUGGCUCACAGAAAUUAAUCUUACUUUUGCUUGAGCUAUCCAUUUUGUCUGUAUUGUGCUUCUAUUAUUGACAUAUAUACUUGAACUUGUAUCCCUUUUGACAAUUAAUAUAUAUAUGCGUGUGUGUUUGUCAUUUUGUGCCAAA